AGCACUACUACCACUAGCAUGCCCCCACGCGCUCGCGACCGGACUCCAACGUCGCCCUCGCCAUCACCCGAGCCACCGCUCGCGGGCGAGAGGAGGGAGAUCGCCGGCGAUGCACCGGCUGCUGGGCCGCCGGGUUCUGCAUCGUCUGCAUUGGGACCACCAGACCACGGCGUAGCGGGCGCAGGAGCAGCCGCUGGGGCGGGCGCGGGGGCGACGGUGAUGGCUGGGCCCACGACGACGACGUCUUUGGACAGCGGACUGCACCAGGUUCUCCCUCGACCGGCAUCCGAAGCGGCAAGGCUGGAGCUCGUCGACCGCGUGAGGCUUGCCACCGAGGAGCUGUACCAGCUCAUGAUGUGCGCAAGCGAGAUCCACGAGGGUGCCGAAGACGUGAUCCGGAUCAAGAUCAACGAGACGAUGCAGACGCUGCAGCACGUCCAGGAUGCCUCGACGCAGCCGGACCUCUCCCAGCUCGUCCCCGACAAGGUCAUGGCCAUGGUGGACCAGGGUCGCAAUCCAGAUAUUCACACGAGAAACUUUGUCAAUCGGCUCGUCGGCGACAAUCAGCAGCUGAGGGGCCAGCUCGAGUCCUUUGACUUGUACCGCGACACGCUCCGAAGCAAGCUCGCCAGCGCCUUCCCCGAGAUGACAUCCGAUUUGGAAGCCAUAGAUGCCAAGGCCCUUCCGGCCGAAAGUUGACAAUGAGGUGGAGAGGGAGAAGAGGGGGAGAGAGAGAGAGAGAGAGAGAGAUCCAUCCGGCCCCACACUGUACUGCUAUACCGAGGCGAAGGUCCUCUUUCGAUUGUAUUGUCAUUGCACAUCACAUCCUGCAUGCGUGUGUGCCGUCACCACUCGACAUCGAUGA